AAUAUUAGCAGACGAGACAAAAUUGGGGUUAAUGAGGGUAAUUUUUCCUAUUUAAUAUUACUGUAGUAAUUUUUUUUAUCAUAACCUCCGUUACAUAUUAUGUGCAAAUUUUGAAUUUUUUUUAAGCAAGAUUCAGUUAUAAACUUAUAGUCCAUAACGAUAGUUACCAAAAACAAAAAAAAUCUAUAUUUAAAUAUAGUUAUAAUUAUUCCCCUCAAAAAAUAUAGUUAUAAUUAUAAUUUAGGAAACCUCUACCAAUUGGAUGUUGGUGUAGUGGUGAUUUAAACACACUUGGUAGGGAGGACCCAUGUUCGAUUCCCCCGCAACAACAAUUGGGAGGGGAUUGGAACCUAGCCACCCAAAACUGAUCGUAGGCUCUAUUAUUUUUUUUUUGAAGGGACUGAUCGUAGGCUCUAUUAUUUUUUUUUUUUGAAGGGACUGAUCGUAGGCUCUAUUUGCUCUAUACGAGUUUCUAGAGUUUUUUUUUUUUUUUUUUUUUUUUUUUUUUUUUUUUUUUUUUAGAAAAGCUUCCUAGUAUGGCUUGAGGGCGUGACAUCACAAAGAGAUAAAUUAAAGAAACAAAGAAAAAGGGUAAAUACGUUCAAGUUCAAUUACAAUUGACAAAGAAUUAUAAGUUGACUUGAAAUAAAAUACUGUAAUUCAAAGUGAUUAGGAAUAGGAAACCGACUUUAAUAACCUAUAUAUACUAAUAUACCCCUCCAUUAAACCUAACAAACCUCACUUUUCCUCAAUUUCACAACUCUUUUUCUCAUUCAAGUUCUUUUACUAAACUCGAAGUCUAAUCUUUCUCAGAAUAAUACCCAGAAAUCUCAAUGGCUAAUCCUACUUCUGAUCAUGCUCAACCUUCUUCUUCCAAAAAUGACAAAUACUCUACUGCAAUCCUUGAGCGAAAAAAGGCUCCGAAUCGUUUGAUCGUUGAUGAAGCAAACGUUGAUGAUAACUCAUUGGUUUUUAUUAACCCUGCUGUCAUGGAUAAACUCAACUUGUUUCAAGGAGAUACAGUGUUAAUUAAGGGUAAGGUAAGGAAGAAUACAAUAUGCAUUAUACAGGGAGAUGAAGGGUGUGAAGAAUGCAAGAUUAGGAUGAAUAAAGUUGUGAGGGCUAAUCUUCGUGUUCGCCUUGGAGAUGUUGUUUCUGUCCAUGAGAUUUCAGAUGUAAAAUAUGGUGAAAAAGUUCAUAUUUUACCAGUGGAUGAUACUAUUGACGGUGUAACAGGAAGCCUGUUUGAUGCUUAUUUGAAGCCUUAUUUCAUGGAUGUUUAUCGUCCUGUUAGGAAAGGUGAUCUAUUCUUAGUCAGGGGAGGAAUGCGAAGUGUUGAGUUUAAAGUGGUUGAGACGGUUCCUGCAGAGUACUGUAUUGUUUCCCCUGAUACCGAGAUCUUUUGUGAUGGUGAGCCUGUUAGGCGCGAGGAUGAGGAGAGACUGAAUGAAGUUGGUUAUGAUGAUGUUGGUGGUGUAAGGAAACAAAUGGCUCAGAUUCGCGAGCUUGUUGAACUUCCUCUUAGACAUCCUAAGCUCUUUUCUGCUAUCGGUGUUAAACCACCUAAGGGAAUUUUGCUGUAUGGACCUCCUGGUACUGGUAAAACCCUUAUUGCUAAAGCUGUUGCUAAUGAAACUGGAGCAUUCUUUUUCUUGAUUAAUGGACCGGAGAUCAUGUCAAAGAUGGCUGGUGAGAGUGAGAGCAAUCUGAGGAAGGCAUUUGAAGAAGCUGAGAAGAAUGCACCUGCUAUCAUAUUCAUUGAUGAGAUUGAUUCCAUUGCUCCUAAGAGAGACAAGACUAAUGGUGAAGUUGAAAGGCGCAUUGUUUCUCAACUUCUGACAUUGAUGGAUGGUCUUAAGAGCCGUGCUCAUGUUAUUGUCAUGGGUGCUACUAAUCGUCCUAACAGUAUUGAUCCUGCUCUUAGAAGAUUCGGGAGGUUUGAUCGUGAGAUUGACAUUGGAGUUCCUGAUCAAGUUGGGAGGCUGGAAGUUCUUCGCAUCCAUACUAAGAACAUGAAACUUGCAGAAGAUGUUGAUCUUGAAAAAAUUUCCAAGGAAACCCAUGGCUAUGUUGGUGCAGACCUUGCUGCUCUUUGCACAGAAGGAGCUCUUCAGUGUAUUAGGGAGAAAAUGGAUGUCAUUGACUUAGAAGACGACACAAUUGAUGCUGAGGUACUCAACUCUAUGGCUGUCACAAACGAGCACUUUCAAGCUGCUCUGCAAGCUUCCAACCCAUCAGCCCUGCGUGAAACAGUUGUGGAGGUUCCGAAUGUUUCAUGGGACGAUAUUGGAGGAUUGGAAACUGUCAAAAGAGAGCUUCAAGAGACUGUGCAGUACCCAGUGGAGCACCCGGAAAAGUUUGAGAAGUUUGGAAUGUCACCUUCCAAAGGUGUUCUCUUCUAUGGUCCUCCUGGUUGUGGUAAAACAUUGCUUGCAAAGGCGAUUGCUAAUGAAUGUCAAGCCAAUUUCAUCAGCGUCAAGGGACCAGAGUUGCUGACCAUGUGGUUUGGAGAAAGUGAGGCAAAUGUUAGGGAAAUUUUUGACAAGGCUCGUCAAUCAGCACCUUGUGUUCUAUUCUUUGACGAGCUUGACUCCAUUGCUACACAGCGUGGCAAUUCAUCUGGAGAUGCCGGAGGAGCUGCUGAUAGAGUGUUGAACCAAUUGUUGACUGAGAUGGAUGGGAUGAACGCGAAGAAAACAGUUUUUGUCAUUGGAGCUACAAACAGGCCAGAUAUUAUUGACUCUGCGUUACUUAGACCUGGAAGGCUUGAUCAGUUGAUCUACAUCCCUCUUCCUGAUCAAGAUUCCCGCCUUCAGAUUUUCAAAUCUUGUUUGAGGAAAUCACCGGUUUCCAAGGAUGUUGACCUUGCUGCUCUCGCACAGUAUACACAUGGUUUCAGUGGUGCAGACAUUACCGAAAUCUGCCAACGUGCUUGCAAAUACGCAAUCAGGGAAAAUAUUGAGAAGGACAUUGAGAAGGAAAAGAAGAGAACAGAAAACCUUGACUCGAUGGAAGAAGAUAUAAGUGAAGAGUUGUCCGAGAUCAAGGCAGCACACUUCGAAGAGUCAAUGAAAUAUGCACGCAAAAGUGUUAGUGAUGCUGACAUACGAAAGUAUCACUCCUUCGCUCAAACGUUGCAGCAAUCUCGCGGAAUUGGUUCUGAAUUCCGCUUUGCUGCCAAUCAGAAUUCCGGUAGUACUACCUCUGCUGCUGCCGUAAAUGACGACGAAGAUGAUUUAUAUUCUUAAACGAUAGAUUUUUUAUCAAUAACUAAUGUAAGGUUUUAGACAUGUAAGAGUAGAUUUAAAUUUUUUAUUUGUUGAUAAUCUUAAUUUUGAUUGAUUCAUAUACUACUACACUAGUAUGAAUUUUUAUUUUUGAUUGAUAGUCUUGUAGUCCCAAUUUCGUAAUUCAAUAUAUGCUACUCACUACUCAAUUAUUGUUGGAAGGCCCAUAAUAUCAUUACUUGUACCAUUUUUUUCCUUUUGAGGAAAAUUCAUACUAUAACCUUAGAUUGAAAGUUAGGUUUUGUUUUUUAAAAAAAUUAUUAUAAGGUAGUUAUAAAUUAAAACCAUAGUAUGUGUUUGGGUCCAAUUUAUCUAAUUGGGCCUAGUCAUUAAAUGAUUCAAUAUUCCAAGGUCAAGGUCCAAGCCUCCAAUCAAGCCAAGUCAACUAUGUGUCAAUUGGUCCAAAUUGUCAUGGUCAGCCCAUGAAUCAAUCCGGCCCAAUCAAUCUCCUCCUUCUGUCAUGCCAAGGUAUAAAAGCCUUCAAUUCAUUCAUUUAUGCAACACACACAAAAGCCUCAAACAUUAAAUCUCUUGCAUAGCUUUCUCUCUAAAUACACUGUUUGACUUCGGCACCGGAGGGGUCUUCCUCGGAUCCACCUCCGAGGCCAGUUUACGUGUGUUUUUCCGUGCAGGAAACCUUCGGCCCAGCAUCUAUUGGACCGGACAAAUCUUCAUCCACUUCACUGGACCUUCGGCAAGGUCCCAUUG